AAGCAAAACCCACAAAGAAACAGAAAAAAUCCAAAAAUGGGGAAAAUGGUGAAAGGAAAGCAAUACUGGCUGCUGAAGACAGAACCUGGAGAGUGGUCGUGGGAAGACCAAGCAGCAAACGGAGGUGUAACCAAAUGGGAUGGUGUCAAGAACAAGCAAGCCCAGAAACACCUCAAGUCCAUGAAAGAGGGCGAUCUCUGUUUCUUCUACCACUCGGGCGCCAGUGCUCGCUGCGUGGUGGGCGUGGUCAGCGUGGUGAAGGAAUGGUACUCAGAGAGCGGUGAUAAAAACAGUGAGGUGGUGGUGGAUGUGAAAGCGGUUGGGGAGAUGAGGAGGCGAGUGGACUUAAAGGACAUGAAACAGGAUGGGGAGUUGAAAGGGUUUGUGAUGUUUAGACAGCCGAGGUUGUCGGUUAUGCCGGUGCCUGAGGAGGUUUGGAAGAGGAUUUGUGAACUGGGAAAUGGGUUUGAAGGGGAUGGCAUUGGCAACGAUGGUGGUGAUGAGGAGGAGGAUUUGGGUUAGUUUAGGCUAUGGGUUAAGGGGCGUAGAAAUCAAGAAUGUGGGUCUUUUUGGUAAAAAGAAAAGAUGAAAUGGUAGCAGUGUGGGAAUUGCUAGUAUAUUUGUAAGAUGCCCCUUUUGUUUGUAUGUAUUUUGUCUAAGGAAAAAAAGGGUGCUUAAUUAGAAUUUUGCUACCAUGUUUUAUUUACUGGUGAAGAAAUUAAAUAUGUUGUUCUAUAUGCUCUUUUGUAUGUGAUGGAGUAUUUUGGUUUUAUA